UGUCAUUGUAACGUCAUGUAAACGUCAAGUAGCAAAGUUGAUCCAGGUUUUUCGUGUAUAUGUCUGGUAUAUGGCAGUUUUUAUGAACUAUUUUAUCUUCUUAGCUCCUCUGGUUGAAGUUUAUUUGUUUUCAAAAUAGAUGGUUAGUUAAAGUUUUCACAAAUCGCAUGUGAGCCUUUCUUAUCGUAUGUUCUGGGUUAUAUCCAGGGAAUUCCAACUGUGUACUGGUUAUAUUUACGUUUUCAUACGUUGUUUAUUCCCAAGACAAAAAAUGGCAGGAACCAGUGAUCGCCAUUAUCAGCCCGACACAAGUAGUGAUACCGAAGAUUAUGCAGACGAUCGUCGAAGGAAGGUGUUCAAAACUCGAUUGAGCUAUGGAUCAUUCUUCAAACCCAAGCCAUGUUUAGUGCAUCGUAGUGCUGCAUCUAGUGGGGACCCAAGUUGCCAUCCAGGAUUUCUUCUAUCUAAACAGAGUUAUGGCAGGCUUGUGCGCAGACCUCGAACUCUUGUGAAUCCAUCAGUUCAAGCUAAAGCUGUUCAACUAGGAAUGCCACUACAGUCACCUCAGCAAUUGGGGCCGGCACCUAGUGAGGAUCGCAUUACUUUGGUAGUUGACAGCACACGAUUUGUUGUUGAUCCGGCCUUAUUUGUUGCUCAUCCCAACACCAUGUUAGGGAGAAUGUUUAGUUCUGCAUUGGACACCCAUUCGAAUGAGCGGGGUGAAUAUGAAGUAGCUGAUGGUAUUCCAGCAUCUGUGUUCCGUGCCAUUCUCGAGUUUUAUAAAGGUGGCGUAAUCAAAUGUCCUCCUUCCAUAUCUGUUCAAGAACUCCGAGAAGCCUGUGAUUACCUUUUAGUACCAUUUGACGCUUCUACUGUACGAUGCCAAAACUUACGAGGUUUAUUGCAUGAAUUAUCCAAUGAAGGGGCUAGGUGCCAAUUUGAAGUGUUCCUAGAAGAAUUAAUUUUGCCCCUAAUGGUUAACUCAGCACAAAGAGGUGAUAGGGAAUGCCAUAUUGUAGUCUUGCUAGAUGAUGAUACAGUAGAUUGGGAUGAAGAAUAUCCUCCGCAAAUGGGAGAGGAAUACAGUCAGACUGUUAAUAGUACGGCGAUGUAUAGAUUUUUCAAAUAUAUAGAAAAUAGAGAUGUUGCCAAGCAAGUAUUGAAGGACAGAGGAUUGAAGAAGAUCAGAUUAGGAAUUGAGGGUUAUCCAACUUACAAGGAAAAAGUAAAAAAACGACCUGGUGGUAGAUCAGAGGUGAUUUACAAUUACGUGCAAAGACCCUUCAUUCACAUGUCCUGGGAGAAAGAAGAGGCCAAAAGUAGACACGUCGAUUUUCAAUGUGUUAAAUCCAAAAGUGUGACGAAUUUGGCCGAAGCAACUGCAGAUCCGGCAUUAGAACUUGACGCCAGAGCAGUAUAUUGAUGAUUGAAAGAAUGUGCUUUAGGUAACCCUAUUCAUACUGCCAUUAUUGGAGACCGGGUGCCUGCUGAUAUGCCCAAUUUGGAUAAUGAAGAAGGGGCAGUAGGUGGUAUUCCAGAGUUAUUCCCUGCCAACAGUUUGCCUCCUGAUGACCCCAACAUGUAAAGUUUACCUUCGUCAUUUUACCACAGCAUAUAAAACGUUUUUGCCCAUAAUAUCUGUUAAAUUUUAUUACUAUCAACAUCACAAGAGCAAUUGGAUUAGAAGCGAACUGAUUAUUUGAGACAUGUUGGGCGAAAUCUUUUGAUAUCUGUGGUAACUUUUAAGUCUUGAAAAUUGGUUCCGAAUAAAUAACACAUAUUAGCCAGUAAAUUCUGAACUAAGUUUCAUGUAAGUAUGUGUUAUUUCAGGUACUUAUACAUGUACGUUAUGGUUAUGGACUGAGACUUUUGUAACUUUAUACUAAUGUAAAAUAAAUAUGUGCUUUGAAAAGACAAUUAUAUGAGCAUUCAAUAGUGUUUCCAUAUGUCGAGAUAAUCAUAGAUUGGUUAAACCGAUAUAUGAUAAUUUCGGUGGGUGUCAAAUAACAUAAAUUAGGCUUCUUGUGCCGCUUGUUUUAUUGUCUUUUUUCAAAUGUUAAAUUUACUUAAAUAUUUUUCUCAUAAGCAAAAACCAUGUAUUCUUUGGAGGAAACACGAAUAUAAUCAAUAAAAACUUUCUUCUUUGCACGUGAGGGGAGUAACAGUUUUCCCAAGGGUAAAAUUCAAUGUAUAUUGCAGAUAUUGUAACUCUGCGUAGUUUAGCUUUUAUUAUGGCUGUGUUUGAAAUGCUCAGAAAAGUGUUUGAUUUUUGUUUUAAUACAUUCCUUAUUCGUAUUGAACCGUCGAUUUGUCUCUUGCUCAUAUUAUUUGUUAUUUGUUGUUAGAAAAGAAACAUGUUUACAUCUUAUCUUGUGUAUCGCAAUAUCAAGUCAUAAGAAUCUAGGUGUAAGAUUUUUCUAUGUAUCUUUUAUCCUAAAAAUAAAUAAAUCUGUGUUUAAUAAAAA